GAGGCGCUCGGAAGCUGCCCCCGCCCGGCCCCCGGCCCCGCGCAGUCUCCCGCCCGGACCGGGUCCGGGUCCACCCGGCGCCCGUGGGGCGAUCGCGCCGGGCCGGGCCAUCUUCCGAGCGCCUGGAACUUGGGGAGGAAGGAGGAGCCGAUCCGCGAGGCCCGCCGCCGCCCAGCUGCCCCGCCCGCUAGUUUUCCGCAGUUUGGCGCCUCCUCGGCGGGUGCGACGGCGCACGGGAGACCGCGCCGCGACCCUCGGGAGGGUGGAUCUGUUCGGACCCAAGGGGCCGACCUCGCGGUCAGAAGGACGACCGAGCUGAGCGCGGACUCAUUCCGGAGCUCGGGGGACAGGACUGGAGGAGUCCUGGGACCCCGCCCGCCUGGACUCCGCGCCCCCGGGCCCGCCCCCGCCGCGGGCCGGCUCCAGCCCGUGCGGUCGCGCCCGCCCCGCGCCCUCCUCCCACCCCGCCACGGGCAGCGCCCCCGAGCUUCCAGACUGGAACUGCCUUCUCCUCCUGGACCGAGGCGGGCGCUGCGCUCUCUGCACCUCCCCAGGCGUCAAGUGUCCCGAGGACAGGUCCCGGGCCAGGGCGUCAUGGAGCCCCGGGGGGUGCGGCUAAGUGCGGAGGUACCGGGAUCUGCGCCCCCGGAAAAGCCCCGGGCAGCUGGGGAGCCGCCCGCCGCGGGACGGCCCCGCACGGAGGGCGGCGUGGAUGGCGGCUGCGGGGCGGCGGCCCCGGGCCCCGACGCCGAGCGCGGGUCCUCGCAGGAGCCGGCCAGCCCCCGGGAGCAGGAGGCGCGGCUGGAGAGCCGCCGCCGCGCGCGCUCCUUCUCGCUGCCCGCUGACCCGAUCCUGCAGGCGGCUCAGUUCCUGCAGCAGCGCCAGCCGCCUGCCCCGGGCGCGGAGGGCGGCGAGGCGGCCGAGGACGCGCCGCUCGGUCCGGGCGACUGCUGCGCCAAGUGCAAGAAGCGGGUGCAGUUCGCGGACGCGCUGGGGCUGAGCCUGGCCCGCGUGAAGCACUUCAGCGAGGCCGAGGAGCCGCAGGUGCCGCCCGCCGUGUUCUCACGCCUGCGCAGCUUCCCGGCGCGCGCCGAGGACCUGGAGCGGCUCCCGGGCCUGCUGGCCGCGGUGGUGGCCGCGCCCCCCCGCGCGCCGCCGCCGCCCCGGCUGCAGCCCCUCUUCGAGCUGCCCGGGCCGAGCGCCGCUGCCGCGCGCCUGCGGAGACAGCGCGUGUGCCUGGAGCGCGUGCAGUGCGCGGCGCCCGGCGGCGCGGAGGUGACCGGCUCGGGCCGGGUGCUGGGCUGCCCCGGGCCGCGCGUCGUGGCCGUGCGCUACACCUUCACCGAGUGGCGCUCCUUCCUGGACGUGCUGGCCGAGCUGCGGCCCGAGCCCGGGAAGCCUCUGCCGCCGGACACGCCGUCGGGGGAGCCCGGGGACGCCGAGGAGCAGGAGGAGCCCGGCGCCGAGCGCUUCCACUUCGCGCUGUCCCUGCCCCCGGGCCUGCUGCCCAAGGAAGGGGAGGACGCGGACGCGCCGGGGCUCGCAGUCCACUUCGCCAUCUGCUACCGCUGCGCCCAGGGCGAGUACUGGGAUAACAACGCGGGGGCCAACUACACGCUGCGCUCGGGGCGCCCGGCCGACGCGCUCUGAGCCCGCGGGGCCGGGCCGACGGCGCGCGGGGCCCAGGUAGCCGGGCAUCGUCGCCCCGGGGAGAGGGAGGACCUCACUGCAAGUUCGUUGGCACCCAGACAGGUCCUGCCAGCAAGCACGGAGCCCGGGCCAAGCGCCCUGCCUUCCCUGCCGCUUUGGCCUUUGGAAUUCUCGCCCCGCAUCGAAUGGGAAGAAAUCCUCAAGAUUCCGAACAGUGACUUUCUCCACGGGGAAAAAAAAAAAAAAAAAAGACUCCUGAGCGAGGCUGCAAACCCUUGGGAUUUGUUUUUAGCUGUGGACGCCCCCUCAGCUCUCAUGGAGAGGUGGAAGGAUCGUGCCGAGGGCCGGCAUGGAUAGCGGGUCAGUGGGAGCCUUUGCGUCGCUGCCGUUUCUCUUAAUUGAGAUCUGCGAAGUAUUUGCGCUCGCACACGGAUAUCCUGUUGAAAAUUUAAGGCCACGUGCAUGUCUCUUACUUGAUAUUUAAGCUCUUGGCAGUUUGGGAGGCCUUGGCAGUUGGGCCAUCUUCAGUGGAUGCUGCUGCACUUUAAAAUCAUCAAAGCACAGUAUUUUCAGAUUUCCCUUGUCCCAUCUCUCCUCUCUGAUUUGGAAAGGGCCUAGAUUUUCCACAGUGGGCUAGAGUGUUCUUAAAAAUGUUUUGUAGAAGUCGUUCUUUCCCCAGGCAGCACAAGAUCCGUGGUGAGUUGAAACACCAGAGUGCUCUUCCGGCCUCGGCUAUGAGCUGGUCUCUGGCCUCCAGCCCUUUUGUGCGGGCAAAGCACACGGUCGCUGUUGGACUUCUGGGCCCUCAGCAGUCAGAGAAUCUGGACUCUCAGUGGCUGGACUCCAUGGCAGGAGAUGAGGGAGGGAAAGGGCUUUCUGUGCCUCCUGGAGCCACAGUGGGGGGUGGUGACUUGAGGAUGAAGCCUGCCCACCCAGAAGAUCCUGCUCUGAACCCACUGGCACCAUGCACAGGCUACGACUGUGGCCCCAGUUUGGUUGGCUGAUGGCCGUGGAUGCCAGGAUAAGGUGGCCAGGCACGACCAGGGCUGGUGAGCCUCCUGAGGACUUGACUUCUUCAGACCUCCGUCAUCCCUUGAAAGAAAACCUGGUCCUGAGCAGCGUGUGAAGCGUUGCCAGGCGCGGUGCUAGCAGAGAAGCACGCUGGGCUGCCCGCAGGGGCCUGACGUGGGAACGACACACCCGCCCCAAGUGAGCCUGGCCGGCCGUGGACACAGCUCGGCCUCGAUGUCCCUGCGCUUCCAAACACGUCCCUUUCCUACAGAGCGUGAGUUUUCACAUCUGCCGGGCAGGGGCCUUAUUCUUGCCUAACUACAUGGUUUCGAGCUUUAAGGGAGGCUCUCUGCGGCGUGCCAAGCACACACUAUUUAAAAAGGACUUUUUUU